UUUUAAUUGUGCAAAUCGCAGGGAAAGCCCGCAGUCCUCCUAUCCAUAGGAUUUUUCCUUUACGUGCACACAACAUGGAAAAGCUGUGGCGUGCUGGGGCUGCAGUCCCAUUGCCCCCAAACCUCGGUGAACAGAGCCUGACAGCUUGCCUGCGUCCAACAAAGACAACGCUCCCCCGCCUUCGCGACCCACCGGAGCAGUCCAAACCGGUCACCUACAACCGAGUGACAGAGUCGGGUUGCCAGCCUUGCUGACUCCCCCGCCCGUGAGACGUCAGCGCGAGACCCCCGCACCGCCCGAGCCCACCCUUUUCCGCUUUCGUCACUUCCGGGUGCGACUGCCGCUUCGGUCCGGCUGGGCGCCGGAGACGUUGGGUGCUUUCCUCACGCAUUUGGAGGUCCUUGAGCUUGCCUCUUCCCUGUCCCAGCAGGAGGGACAUGAGUGUCCCAGGGCCGCCGUCUCCUGACGGGGUCCUGCUUUUUCCCCCGCCCGGCCGGGAGGCCGGGGAGCCAACGCCGAGCUUAAGUGACACUUCUCCAGAUGAAGGGUUAAUAGAGGACUUGACUGUAGAAGAUAAAGCUGUGGAGCAGCUGGCAGAAGGAUUGCUUUCUCACUACUUGCCAGAUCUGCAGAGGUCAAAACAAGCCCUCCAGGAGCUCACACAGAACCAAGUUGUAUUAUUAGAUACACUGGAACAAGAAAUUUCAAAAUUUAAGGAAUGUCAUUCUAUGUUGGAUAUUAAUGCUUUGUUCACUGAAGCUAAACACUAUCAUACUAAGUUGGUGAAUAUAAGAAAAGAGAUGCUGAUGCUUCAUGAAAAAACAUCAAAGCUAAAAAAAAGAGCGCUAAAACUUCAGCAGAAGAGGCAAAAGGAAGAACUGGAAAGGGAGCAGCAACGAGAGAAGGAAUUUGAAAGAGAAAAGCAGUUAACUGCCAAACCAGCUAAAAGAAUGUGAACAGUGGUGUUUUCUUCCACUAUCCCAUGUUUGGAUUAAGUGUAGAUUGAAGUUAAGAUUCACAUGAAAUCAAGGACCAGCAUUCGGAUGCAAUCCUGCUCUCAGCCUCACGCCUGUUUCCAUUGUUUGCUGGGCAGACCUAAAGCUUUGCACCUCUCAGGAUAGAAACAAGCGACAGUGAGACUGGAACUGGGGGAGAUGUGGCUUAGGAGCCCUCUCCUGAUAAUGAUGCUGGUGGAGCAGGCAGAAGGAAGACGAGGCUGCUGGGAGAAAAGAGCAACUCCAGAGUGGCCA